AUGGUAGAGGUCAAGUUAAAAGUCCCUUUAACGAAGGAAGAAAAUGAGGUUUAUAGACGUUAUUUCAAAGCACUAGAUCCAGAUCGCACAAACGUGGUUACUGCAGAUGUUGCAAAACCGUUCUUGGAACAAACUGGAUUGUCUGGUAGACAACUUGGACAAAUUUGGUCUCUUGUAGACUUAGAUGGGAAAGGUUUUCUUAUAUUUAAAGAGUUUUGUGCUUUAAUUAGAUGCAUAUCUCAUUUGUCAGCAACACCCUCUGUACCAAUAACUUCUUCUCUCUAUGAUUUCCCCGUUACUAAAAUUGUUCAAUUUAAUUUACCAGAUAAUAAUAGUAAUAAUAGACAAAGACAUAGAAGGAGUGAUAAUAUCAAAUCAGUACCACUACCUUUAAUCUCUAAUAGUGAUGUGUCUAGGUUCUCCCAAUUAUUUGACAGGACCACAGCUGGACAACAAUUGUUACCUGGAGAUAAGGCUAGAGCUAUCUUUAUAAAAGCUAAUUUGCCCACAGAUGUAUUGGGUGAUAUUUGGUUUUUAUGUGAUAGAGAACAAGAUGGGUUUUUGAAUAAAUAUGAGUUCAUAAUGGCGAUGCAUUUGAUUGGCUUGAGAUUGUCCCAAAACCCAUUAAUGGAUCCUGUUCCCAAAAAAAUAUCCAGAAAAUUAUGGGUAUCUACUGGUUUGCCAACGUCUAAUUCUACUUUACAAUCCUCCCGUUCGUCUACCCCUAUUACUACUAUUACUACCACUUCUUCUUCUUCCCCUUCUUCUUUGAAUUCUUCAUCCGCAGCACCCAAUUCUCCUUCUAGGUCCUCUUCCCAUAGAUCUGUCACAUCCACCUCUAGACGUUCCUCCCGUCACUACUCUCCAACUUUAUCAAAUAAUAGUAGUCAAAGAACAGAGUCUCCAGUAAUUACAAGAACAAUAAGUGGGUCCUCUAUAUCGUCACGUAAUUCAAAUAAUAAUGCAUUCUUAUCACCUUUCACCCCGUUAGUCAGUUUAUCUGAAAAUUCAUGGGAGAUUCAAUCUAACCAGUAUAAAAGUUUCCAAAACACUUUCGCUAGUUUAGAUAGAAAUAAAGCAAAAGAAUUAGGUCCACAUAUUUUAGUUCCAUUUUUCAUGAAAUCUGGUUUAACUAGAGACACUUUAGCAAAUGUUUGGGAUUUGGUUGAUAUGAACAAGACUGGUACUUUAAAUAAAAAAGAAUUUAUUAUUGCCAUGUUUUUGAUCCAAAGAGUUAGAGUGACUAGAACAAAUUUACCUUAUAAACUUCCACAUGAAUUGUUGGAAUCUGUGGAAAAGUUGGCUAAGAAAUAUGCGGAAUCAGCAACUCUGUGUAUGGGGAAAGAAACCACUUCAGGCCUUGGAAUUACUUUAUCUAAUAUCCAAACAAACUCUAGUAUUGAGAAGAAACUGAAAGAGGCUGAACAAGAACAAACAAAAACGAUGAAGGAGAUUGAAAUAAAGAAACAAAAUAUUUCAAAAUUAAAAGAACAAAUCGAAGAAGCUAAUAAACAGUUGGAAGAGAUUAGUAUCACUGAAAGUCAGUGUAAAUCACAAUUACAUAAAUUAGAAGAGAUUGAAGAUUCCUUGGUUAGCAAAUUGAACGGUAUAAAUGAUUCCAUACAGCAGAGCACCGCAAGAAUAGCAAAAAUGGAACAAACUAUAGCUACAACAAAAAAAAAUUCAGAACAAUUGAAAAGACAAUUAGCUGUUGCUGAAGGUAACUAUCAUGCAAUGGAAGCAAAAUUAACAAUUUUAGAUGAAGAAGUUAAGGAUUGUGAUGAACAAAACGAAAAAGUGAAAAAGGAUAUUUACACUAUGAAAUCGACGACCACAAUAUUACAACCAAAAAUAAAAGCUAAGGAAGAAGAGGUUAAAGCAAAAGUAGAAUUACUAAACCAAUCUAAGAAAGAUUUUGAAAUAGAAGAAAUAACAGUAGAAAAUUUACGAAAGGAAUUGGAGAAUUUAAACAAUAUUUUCAAAGAAUAUGAAGAAAAAGUGGUUAACAAUUAA